CUUUCCAGUCGGUUUAGUUCAGUCUAGUGGCAAAGUUGGUCGCGAGUAGCUCGUGAAAGCAGUUCGGGCACAUCUGACUUAAGUUAAGUGGACUUAGGGUGGAAAGGCUUUCGGCGCAAAACAUGUCGGAAAUAAAUAGCAAUUAAGCCGAAUGUCAACAACAUCCCAUGACCUUGCACCAUGACCAAAUACAGCAUGAACGACACGAACUCCACCACCGGGAGCCAAGUCACCCUGACCUCCUACAUGAUUGGGGAAAAUCUCGACGAGAAAGACACCAAGGGGAUCACCGUGCUUGACCUGCCGCAAGAGCGGAAAACCCCCUCGCCUGGGUUUGCCAAGUGGGUGAAGAACCGGGCCAGGAGGGGCUGCACCAGGAAGCUGGUCUACAAGAGGGUGCCCAUUUUGACGUGGUUGCCCAAAUACAACGUCAGCACAGCCGUCGCUGACCUGGUGGCCGGCUUCACCGUCGGGCUCACGGUGAUUCCCCAGGGAAUCGCCUAUUCGAACGUGGCCGGCCUGCCGCCACAAAUAGGCCUUUAUUCCUCCUUCAUGGCCUGCUUCGUCUACACCAUCUUCGGCAGCUGCCGGGAGUCGCCCAUUGGGCCUACGGCCAUCGCUGGGCUCCUCACCCGGGAAAACACCCAUGGCAUGGGUGUCAGCGGCGCCGUCCUCUUGUGCUUCCUCAGCGGCUGUGUGGAGUUCCUCAUGGGCCUCCUCCAGCUGGGUUUUUUGAUCGAUUUCAUCUCAGGCCCGGUGUCCAUCGGGUUCACGUCAGCGGCCGCCAUCAUCAUCGCCACGACCCAAGUCAAAGACGUCCUAGGCCUGGAUUAUCCAGGAGGGAAGUUCCUGCAAGUUUGGGAGCAAAUUUUCCAGCACAUUACUGAGACCAGGCUCUGGGACUGCAUUCUGGGCCUGACUUGCAUGGCCGUGUUGCUGAUUUUGAGGAGCAUCAAGGACCUCAAAAUAGGGCCGCAGGACGUGAAGGAGCGCCGGCCCAUUCACGACUUCGCCACCAAGUUCAUCUGGCUGAUAUCAACCGCGCGCAACAUUUUCGUAGUUGUGCUGUCGGCCCUUCUGGCCUACUUCUUCGAAGUGCACGGUUCGCAGCCCUUCAUCCUCACCGGAUUCAUCAAACCCGGACUCCCGGAGUUCAAGCCGCCCCCGUUCGAGAUGCGGAUCGACAACACAACGUACAACUUCGUCGACAUGUCCUCGGCCCUCGGUUCGGCCCUUUUGGUCGUGCCCUUGUUGUCGAUUUUGGAAAACAUCGCCUUGGCCAAAGUUUUCGCUGACGGGAAAACCAUCGACGCAACCCAGGAAAUGUUGGCUUUGGGGAUCUGCAACAUUGCGAGUUCUUUCGUCCAGUCGAUGCCUGUCUCGGGGGCGUUGUCCCGGGGGGCUGUCAACCACGCCAGUGGGGUUAAAACGACCUUUGGCGGGGUCUACACUGGAAUCAUUGUAAUUCUAUCCUUACAUCUCUUCACUCCUUAUUUCUCUUAUAUUCCCAAAGCUUCCCUAGCUGCUGUCAUUAUCGCCGCGGUGGUGUUUAUGGUCGAGUUUCACGUCAUUAAGCCAAUUUGGCGCACUAAGAAGUCCGAUUUAAUACCCGCCUGUACAACAUUCGUUUGUUGCCUGUUUUUGCGUCUAGAAAUCGGGAUUGUAGUGGGAGUUGGGAUUAAUCUAAUCUUCCUGCUGUAUGCAACAGCACGGCCGUCAGUUCACGUGGAAAAAGUUUCGGCGUAUUCUGGGUGCGACUAUCUCCUAAUCACCCCCGACCGAAGCCUGACUUUUCCCUCAGUCGAGUAUGUCAGGACUGUGGUGUCUAAAGCCGGAGUCAAACAAGGCUCAAGUUCGAUUCCCGUGGUCAUAGACGCGAGGCAUAUACAGGGUGCUGAUUUUACAGCAGCGCGAGGGAUCAAGUCGCUGAUUGAAGAUUUUCACAAAAGGAAGCAACCGAUUUUGUUCUACAAUUUGAAACCGAGUGUCAUAAGUACUUUUCAAGGUGUUCAACCCAAAGACUUUAUUUAUUGUGAAACUUACUUCGAAUUGAACGAACUCUUGAAGCGCUAUUCGGGCAAGUCCGAAUCGAUUUCGAUACAAAAUAGUGAUAAUUAAUAGUGAUUGUGAUAAGUAGGGAUCAAUGAUUUAGACAGUGACAAAUGACGAAUUUUAUAGAGUAUUAAGUACCUCACAAGUCUACUGUAGUUUAGAUUACUUUAGUGUUACGAAAUGUGAUCUUGAUUUUAGUUAAGAAAUUAUUUUUUAAAUGAUAAUUUUAUUGUCCUGUUGUAAUAUUAUUUUGUAUAAGCCGUUCAAUAAAUUUUUUAAAUUGAA